CUAGAGGUCUUCCCAACUCCGCUCUCUCCAGGCUUCCCUGUCCUGCCUGUGCCCUGGCUUCAGCUACUGUCUUCGCCUCCGCUACCGCCUCCUCCGAGAGGCUGGAAAAAUGAGCUGAGCCUCAGUCACCGACGUUUCCAGCGCUGACAACAUACAGUGUGUGGUGUGCUUCCCGAAGGGUAGUUUGCCUCAAAAAAGAAAGAUGCAGUCUUCACAUGAUAAAAAAUUAGAAAAACUGGACCCAUUUUAUAGACGUUCAUUAUCUAAGCAGAAGACCAGUGCAGAGAUCAUCAAUGAAGCACGAAAUGCAUUAAGGACAGUUAGAACUGAGAGACCAUUUACACCACGUGAAGAUCAAAGAAAACUUUUUGGACCUGCAUCUUCAAGAACAGCAGAUAAUAGACCUCCUUCGUCAUUUAGCCUUCAUGCUUCCAGCUUUGAAUCAUCUGAUUCAAGACCAAUUUCUGGUACACGUCUCAGUCCACUAGAGCUUAAACCUAAAGUUCUUGCAUCCCUAUCUAAAGAAGAUGAAGCUUCUGUUUCCUUUCCUAAACCUCCAGUGGACCCCGUGAAGAUUAGAAGAGUAAGCAGUGCCCGUGCACGUUUAUUCAAGGCAUCCUCUCAGGGAAGUCUCCUUCCAGACAAAAUAUUUCAUCUUGACGAAUCAAAGAAGAGACUGAAAUCUGAGGACACCAUUAUCACAGGGGAUUCUUCAGUUAAAAUAAAUGGAAUUUGUCUGACAGAAUUAAAUUCCGUUGGUCAUUUUAACAGUCAUAAUCCUCAGUUAACACAUGAUGGAGACAUAAAUGAAACCAAUGAACAGGCUAUUUUGAAAGGGAAAGCAACAUCAACAGCAGCCCAUCUCAGAAGUGGAGGUGAUCCGACGAAAAGACGUGCCAGGGCUUCAUCAUGUCUGGUCAGUACUAACAAGAAUACAUUGGAAUCAAACAAAGAGGUUCAAAGGAACUUGGAAGAAAUUGAGACAGAAACAGAAACAGAAGAGGAAGAAGCCUUUUGGAGCACAAGGAUCUUACCAGUCUUACAUGAAUUGGAGAAGGAAGACAAUAUUGAAAAUUUUUGUGCCGCCUGCACCCAGCUUCAUCAAGCUUUAGAGGAAGGAAGCAUGCUCGGAAAGAGGUUUAAGAAAAGGAGUGUGCUUCUGAAGACCUUAUAUAAACUAGUUGAUGUCGGUUCAGACUUGCUCAGCCUAAAACUUGCGAAAAUUAUUCUAGCUCUUAAAGUAAGUGGAAAGAAUCUUCUCAAUGUCUGCAAACUCAUAUUUAAAAUUAGCAGGAGUGAGAAGAAUGAUUCUCUCAUCCAAAACGAUAGUAUUCUUGAUUCGUUGUUGGAGGUGCUGCGAGUGGAAGACCUUCACACUAACAAUGAGGCUUUUUUGUAUUGCAUGGGAGCAAUUAAAUUCAUUUCUGGGAAUCCAAGAUUUCUUAAUGAAAUGAUCAGCAAAGGUGCUGUUGAAAUACUGCUACAUUUGAUGAAGCAGAUAAAUGAGAACAUGAGGAAAUCUGGGACAUGUUCCUCCAACUCAGGGCACUUGUUAGUCCAGAUGACAGCUACCAUGAGAAAUUUGGUUGAUAUACCACUGGCAAGGUGUAAAUUGUUGAACAAUAGUGCCCUCCCAGAGCUCUGUGGAGUGAUGGAACAGUAUGCAAAUGAUAAAGAUGUCUGUACCAACAUUGCUAGAAUAUUAAGCAAACUUUCUUCCUGUCACGACUGCUGUGCGGCCUUGGCUGACUAUUCCAGAUGUUAUGCCUUAUUUUUGAGUCUGAUAAACCAGUAUGAGAAGAAGCAGGAUUUAGUUGUUCGUAUUGUUUUCAUCCUUGGCAACCUGACCGCGAAAAAUAAUCAAGCCCGGGAACAGUUUUCUAAGGAGAAAGGUUGCAUCACAACCCUCUUAUCAUUAUUCAAUACUUACUAUGAAAUGGAUUUGAAUUCUACAAAAAAGAUGGAUGAUGAAGAAGAAAAGAACAAGAAACACAAGCAGCCUUCUGAGGUGGAAGAUGUCCUCAUAAAGGUGAUCCGAGUACUGGCCAAUAUAUCCAUUCACCCCAGUAUAGGGGCAGCUUUGGCUGCGAACCAGCAAGUAGUGGCGUUACUUGUCACCACACUGGAGUAUAAAUCAAUUGACGAAUGUGAGGAACUGGUCAUCAAUGCUACAGCCACAAUCAACAAUUUGUCGUUCUACCAAGUAAAGAACUCCAUCAUCCAGGACCGAAAGCUGCGCAUCGCCGAAUUGCUCUUAAAACUUCUAAUGAGCAGCAACAUGGAUGGAAUCCUGGAGGCUGUGCGAGUCUUUGGCAAUCUUUCCCAAUAUGAUGAGAUUUGUGACUUCAUUGUACAGAAAAAUGUCUACAAAUUUAUGAUUGCAUUGCUGGAUGCUAAGCACCAAGAUAUUUGCUUUUCUGCCUGUGGAGUUCUCCUAAACCUCACUGUUGACAAAGACAAGCGUGUAAUCCUAAAAGAAGGGGGCGGAAUUAAAAAGUUAGUGGAUUGUUUAAGAGACUUUGGCCCUACAGAUUGGCAGCUGGCCUGCUUGGUUUGUAAAACAUUAUGGAAUUAUAGUGAAAAUGUCCCGAAUCCUUCGUCGUGUUUUGGAGAUGAGGACACAAAUGCACUCUUAGUCUUAUUGUCAUCAUUUUUAGAUGAAGAACUAGCAUUGGAUUAUAGUUUUGACAGAGAGUUAAGAGACUAUCACAAACUUUAUUGGGAAACAGAAUUCAAGCCUGUGGCGCAACAACUUCUUAAACGUAUUCAGAGCCAUCACACCUUCCUUGAACCUCUACCUAUUCCUUCUUUUUAAUAUGGUAAAAGUCUGGUAGGUGAUUAACAAUAUAAAGAUGAAUUCAAGUCGGGUCUUUUCAUAAAAAGUAAUAAAUUCAAACACUUUUUCAUGAAUAAAUAUGGAACAAUUCAUUU